GUCCAGAUUCUCCUCGUACCUGAUAAACUCCUUCCCAUCAACCCAGAAAACAUUCGAAGAGCCUAGAGGAUGUCACCCACCACCCCCUUCGGCGCCCCGAUGCGCCAACACUUCCUCCUCGACACGAACUAUAGAAACCUGAAUCACGGCUCCUUCGGCACGCACCCCCGCCCCGUCCUCGCAACCCAGCAAACCUACCAGCGCCUCGCCGAGCUCUCCCCCGACCAAUUCCUGCGCUACACGCAGCCCACGGCCCUGCUCCCCGCGCGCCACGCGCUCGCCGCCCUCCUCAACUGCCCGGUCCGCGACCUCGUCCCCGUCAAAAACGCCACCACCGGCGUCGCGACCGUGCUGCACAACCUCGCCCCGCACUUCGUGGAAGGGGACACGCUCCUCUACUUCUCGACGGUCUACGGCGCCGUCGAGAACGGGCUGUUCUCGCUGCGCGACCAUCUCCCAGGUCCCACCCUGCGGCUGCGGAAGAUCGAGUACGCGUUCCCGAUCACCCCGGCCGAGCUGGUGCAGCGGUUCCGGGAGGCGGUGCGCCAGGUGCGGGCGGAGGGGUCGCGGCCCCGGAUCGCCGUGCUGGAGACGGUGGUCAGUCUGCCUGGGGUGCGGUUUCCGUUCGAGAUUUUGGUGAAAGUGUGUCGGGAGGAGGGCGUGUGGAGUCUGGUGGAUGCGGCGCAUGGUGUCGGCAUGAUUGAGUUGGAUUUGGGGACGGCGCUGUUGAUGCGCACUGCGCACAGGUGGCUCUACACCCCCCGCAGCGCGGCCCUGCUCUACGUCAACCCCGCCCUGCAGCACCUCAUCCGCACCACCCUCCCCACCUCCUGGGGGUAUAUCCCGCCUCCAUCCGAGACGCCGGCGAAGCCCUCGCUAAUGGCGAGUGCGGGACGGAAGACCGCGUUCGAGGCGCUGUUCGAGUUCGUGGCCACGGCUGACGAUACGCCGUAUCUGUGUGUGCCGGCCGCCCUGCAGUUUCGGGAGGAGGUGUGCGGCGGCGAGGCGGCGGUUUAUGCUUAUCUUGAGGAGCUGGUGAAUGAGGGGGCGGAUCUCGUGGCGGCCGGGUUGGGGACGGAGGUUCUUGGCGACGGCAAUGCAGCAGGUAAGAGGAGUGCGUGGAGGAGGUGUGCCAUGAAUAAUGUGCGGUUGCCGGUUAGGGUCGUGCAGACGGUAAGAGGCGAGGAGGAUACCGCCGGUCUAACAGCGGAGCUCGUCCCCGCGGUGGUGGAUUGGAUGCAGAGGAGGCUGGUCGAGGAUUACCGCACCUUCGUGCCCGUCUUUGCCCAUGCCGGUUGGCUGUGGGUGCGGCUGUCGGCCCAGGUCUAUCUCGACAGGAGCGAUUUCGAGUGGCUGGUCCCCGUGUUGAAGGAGUUGGUGGGUCGCGUCAAGGAGGAGUUUAAGCUGGGAAAGGUGUCGUCUCACCUGUAGCAGCAGAUGCAACAGAUACAACAGACUACAUAGACUAAGC